AUGUCCAUCCAUGUUCCCUCCUUUGCAUCGUUCCCUGAUUUCGACAGAGAAAACAGCAGAGAACCAGAGCCAUCUUCUUCGAAACCUAUCAGGGACUCGGAAUCGAAGAAGGAGAGAAGGCGGGACGAGCGCCGUAGGAGGAGCCACUCUAGGUCACCAAGUCGGCGAGAGAAGGGAGGGGAUAGAGACAAAGACAGGCAUUGGAAAAGAGAAAAAGAGAAACACAAGAGCAGGGAUAGAGACGAAGAAAAGCGUCGGAGACGGGAGGAAAAGAAAUCUCGACACGAGGAACGCGCUGCCAACGAGGUCAUAGGCAGCCCGGCGCCCAUCGAAGACACUUCGUAUCGUUUGUUCUUCUCUGACCGAAAGCCUGAUAAGUUGAACGUUGUAUAUGGAGGAUUGCACCAAGGAGAUGUUCCCAAGUACCGAAUGGUUGCUGGCGGAAGGCGUGUAUUGGGUCUACCCCCGGCUUUCGUUGUCGUUCGACGAGUUGGGAAUGGAAUUGAAAUUGGGUUAAGCGGCUCAAAGAAGAUGUCAGGCAUUUCAGAUUCACGUACCAAAUCACUCCUGGCACUCCCUCCGACCCGUCACUUGGCUCGGGUUGAACAACCAGAUCGGUACCCCGAAAUCGAUGGUGUCAUUCGCUUGCCCUCUCGCCGCGCGAAAUCCGCUCCCGAAGAUACAUACCGUUCCAUAACUCGCCAUGAGGAAGGGGAGAGCAGUGCUUCUGAUAUAGAGGAUUACGAUAGCCACGAAGAGGAUGAGGAUUCGCAGGACGAGGGCAUUUCAGAAACCUCCUACCAAACCCAUCUUCGGAACCUCGAAAGCCGACUCGCUACACAGCCAGACUCAAUAGCAACUUGGCUGGCACUCCUCGACCACACACUUUCGACAGUGCCCACCACCUCGAAAAACGCAACGAGAGCACGAUGCGAUAUUGCGGUUUCGUUGCUCUCCCGUGCAUUUUCCGCUCAUCCCGCGAAUGCUUCGUCCACCAUUUUACGCAUCAAAUAUUUGAAAGCUGGAGAAGAGAUUUGGCAAGUGGGUCAAUUGGCGGAAGAGUGGGAGAAGGCGCUGAAGUUGGGUGGCAUCGAAAUAUGGAUGGAAUGGUUGGAGUGGAGGUCGAGGCAGGGUAAACUGGAAUUCACUACGCUCAUUGAUGAUGCUGGUCGUGCUCUGGCUGCAUUUGGGGAACAUGAUGAAGAUCAAUUUGCAAAGUUGAGGAUAUUUUGGAGGAUAGUGGUGGCAACGCGUAAUGCGGGUUAUACGGAACGGGCAUUCGCUAUGCUUCAAGCCCAGUGUGAAUUAACAUUCAACCUUCCGGAUCCACUCAUAGGGUCGUCAUUCGAGCAACAGCUCGACGAAUUGGAAGAGUUCUGGGAGUCUGAAACGCCCCGUAUUGGCGAAGAGCAGGCAAGCGGCUGGAGGCUUUGGUAUGACAGCGGGAAACCUGAAUGGCAACAGACGCACGAAUCCGCCAGUGCCCCGCCGGAGCCUUUGGAUCUGGAUCCAUAUCGCCAAUGGGCGGCCCAGGAAUCAGCCGCGGAUAAGAUGCAAAUGCUUCCUUCUAGAGCCUCUAUGGGCUCGGACGAUCUGGACCCGUACUCCACCAUCCUGUUUUCCGACAUACGCCCCGUCCUCAUAAAGCUUGAAUCGCGACCAAGCAAAGUAGCUCUUCGCCUCAUCUUCCUCUCUUUUCUCGGUCUCCACAUCCCGGGCUUCUCCCUGUCUUUGUCGCAUGACCAGAAUAUCAACUGGGACGACCGAUGGAGCCUCGGAGUGCUCUGCGCUCCCACAUACCUUGAGGCCAUCUUUCCGGGGGAGUCUUCGAGCCGUGCUGUACUGGCAGAAUCAGUCUCGGGCGUUAUCGUGGGGCGUGAAAAGGAGUAUAGGGAUGCGUUCGGUCCCGUCAAACAAUGGGCCUUUGGUGUCUUCCAUCCCUUGGAUGUAUAUGUGACCACUAAACGUGUCACUCGGCAGCGACUUUGGAACUCGACGGAUGUCAGUGCCGUGGACAUCCGCCAGGUCCGGAGAAUCUUUUCUCAACUGAGAAAGACAGACGAUGAUCAUAUGUGGGAUUCGUGGGCACUGGCAUUCGAGGCUGCGUUAAAUGUGAAGAACGCAUUGAAGCUAUCCAAAGCGUUCCUGUCGGUACCGAAAGCGACAUUGGAAUACUGGUCAGCACACGCCCAAUUAGAGCGGAUACAUGGGAAACUAGAUGGUGCCAGAAAGGUGUAUCAAACACUACUUGUCGCCUCCAAGACCCCAAGAACUCAACCUGGGUGCAGCCAGAUGUGGUGGAAUUGGGCGGAAAUGGAAUGGCUCUCUGGUAGCAAUGAUCAAGCUUUAAACGUCAUCCUACAGUCCGCUGGUGUUUCCAAAGUGAGCGAUGUCGGGCUGUUGCGAGCGAGGCAGUCCCUUCGGGAAGCUGUGGACUCCACGUCCGACCUCGUGGACAAGGAGACUUGGCUAAAGAUGUUUGCGUUGCUGGAAUUGCUGAGAGGCGCAGAGAUCGAGACGGUACUAUCCAUUUUCGACGGCCAGGUCGAGACGACUGCGAACGGCUGCGCUCGUGAGCGAUUGACGCUGACCGCACUGCUUUUCGUUUAUCAUCACCGUGUCGUAUUGAAUAACUCUGGUCCCCCAGCAUUACUCCGCGAAAGAGCUGCCUCAGCUCUGCAGCAGUACCCAAGCAACUCGGUUGUCUUGGGCAUCUUCCUUGAGGCCGAGAAAGGUCAGGGAAUCUGGGGCAGAGUCCGGAAUGUUGUCGGAGGUGGGGACAAUAUGGCAAAGGAUGUAUCGAAGGUGCUACAAGAGGUGUGGGUCGGUGGAUGGGAAAAGGGCCGAUGGGCAUCGGAGGUCGAAAGAGCGAGAAGUGCUCUAGCAGCAGCCGUGGAACACGAAAGGACACGCUCGAGCGCGAUCAUCUGGCGUGCCUAUCUCGAACUCGAAAUCCGAGCGGGUAAAUUAAAGGAUGCCAAAAAGCUUCUGUUCCGUGCCGUCAGCGAAUGUCCAUUUGUCAAAGGUAGCGUUCUUCAGGCGAUGUGUCUCGUUUCAUCAUCUAACAACGAGACAGACAUUUAUUUGCUGGCGUUCGGACCAAUGCGCAGCGUGUUUGACUCACGGGAGCUGCAAAGCCUUGCGGACUUGAUGGCUGAGCGUGGGUUGCGCCUGCGACAGGAGUUGCAUGGGGCGGUUGAACCUUUGGAGGACCAUGUGGAGGACAAUAGCGGGGACGAGGACGAGAUUUUCGACCGGGCACGGGAACUGCGACGACUGAUGCCGUAUCACUGA